CCUCACCUAACCAGAGCGGGGAUUUCCUUGGCCCCUCCUGCUGGCUUUUCAAGGAAAGUGAAAGUGAAAGGGGGAAGAGAAGGCUUCGGGGCUGAGGAAAUAACGGCGCCAUGAAGCCCCAGUCCUUGCUUCUCGCUAUGACUUUGGGCCUGUCGGCCACCGUCUCAGCGGGCCCCACAGUGAUAGAGUGCUGGUUGGUGGAGGAUGUGGGCCAGGGCCGCCUGGCCAAGAGACCCGCUGCACUGCUGCUGCGCCAGGGCCCGGGGAGCCCACCUCCUCGGCCGGACUUAGAUCCCGAACUCUACCUCAAAGUGCAUGAUGGUGCGGGAUCCCUCCAGGCGGCCUUCAGGCGGUAUCCCCCUGACGUCUCUGCGCCACACUGCGAGAUGAGCCACUACGUCCCGCUCCCCGCCUCCGCGAAUUGGGCCAGCGGCCUGACCCCGGAGCAGAGCUGCCCACGGGCCCUGGACGGGACUUGGUUCAUGGUCAGCAUGUCCAGCCCAGUCCUCAGCCUCUCCAGCCUCCUGCAGAUACAGCCGAAGCCUCAGCCCGAGCCUGCUUUCAUCACCAUGGCAACAGUUGUUUUGACUGUCCUCACCCACACCCACACUCCUCGAAUUCAACUAGGACAAGAUGCUCUACUGGACUUGAGCUUUGCCUACAUGCCUCCCACCUCCAAGGCCACAUCUCUGGCCCCAGGUCCCCCUCCCUUUGGGCUGGAGUGGCGACGCCAGUACCUGGGUAAGGGGCACCUGCUCCUGGCUGCAACUCCUGGGCUGAGUGGGCAAAUGCCAACUGCCCGAGAGGGGGCAGUGGCAUUUGCUGCUUGGGAUGAUGAUGAACCGUGGGGUCCGUGGACCGGAAAUGGGACCCUCUGGCUGCCUGCAGUGAAGCCUUUCCAAGAGGGCGUCUAUCUGGCCACUAUACACCUGCCAUACCUGCAAGGGCAGGCCACUGUGAAACUUGCUGUGCACAAGUCCCCCAAAGUGUCCUUGAUGCCAGCACCCCUUGUAUGGGCCGCCCCUGGGGAGGCACCCCCAGAGUUACUGUGCCUGGUGUCCCACUUCUACCCCUCCGAGGGCUUGGAGGUGGAGUGGGAGCUCUGGGGUGGCCCUGAGGGCAGCUUUCAGAAGGCCGAGGGGCAGAGGUGGCUCUCCUCCUUGCGUCACCACUCUGAUGGCUCUGUCAGCAUCUCAGGGCACCUGCAGCCACUCCCUGUCACCGCCAAGCAGCAUGGGGCGCGCUACGCCUGUCGUGUCCACCACCCCAGCCUGCCCGCCUCAGGGCGCAGUGCCAAACUCACCCUAGAGGUGGCAGGUCUUUCUGGACCCUCUCUGGAGGAUGGUGUUGGCAUCUUCCUGUCUGCCUUUUUCCUCCUUGGGUUCAUCAAGAUGUUGGGCUGGGUCGUUGCCUACCAGUCCACUUCCAAGGAUUCAAAGGAGAAGAAAACACAGUGAGGACACCCACCACCAUCAUGGGGAAGCCACUGUCAUCUCAGAGCUACUGUAGUAGCUUCCCCAAACACCACUGUCAUCAUCCGCUCCUGUUCCCUCCAAUCUCUCUCCACUGAGUGAUUGGAAUGUUUUUUUAAAACACACAAAUCUAUUGCUUUCACCUUCUCAGAGCUGUAGGGUAGUGGUUCUCAAAAAUUUUGGUCUCAGGACCUCUUAAAAAUUGUCAGGGACUCUAGAGAACUUUUGCUUAUGUGGGUUAUGAACUGUACAUACUUAUUAUACUCUUACUUAAAACUGAGAAAAAUUUAAACGACAAGCAUACACAAAACAUAGAUCCCAUUAGCUGUGAUGACAAUGUCAAUACAAUUCAUGAAGCUUCUGGAAAACGCCACUAUACAUUUUUUAGAGAAUGAGCGUGAAAAAGGCAAACAUGUUAGUAUUGUUAUGAAAAUAGUCUGAACUUUGCAUACCCCCCUGAAAUAGUCUCAGGUCCUCUGGGACAGAGACCACAAUUGGAGAACCAGUGCUGCAGAGGCCUAAUCCAUUCUCCCUCGCUCCAACCACUGCUUCUCUCUCCAACCUCGCCUGGUGCCCUCCGGCCCUCUGGUCAAUGCUCAGCGCGGCUACUCCUUUCCUCCAGUGGCCUCCCACCCUCCCCGGGUACCAGAGCUCUGUUACCUCUGCCUAAUCCACCCACGGCCUUCCUGGGCUCCAGACCAGGUCAGCCCCGCCGUUCCUCCCCUCAGACCGCCGCGAGCCCAUCUUGCGCGGUUCACCACUGUUGUAUUUACGUGAUUGUGCGAGUAGUUAAACGCGUCUCCUCUCCGCACCGUCUGCCCACUGCCGUAGCCCCUCCGCCGGCACAGGACCGGGCGCCCACUGUAGGGCGCUCAAUAUAAGAAAUGAGAGUAUUUAGAAACCGGUGUUGGACCAAAUAACUGUUGGAAGGAUGCGGCUGCUCGGCUUAGGGACCGCCGAGGGACAGAACGGUCAGCCAGACCCAUGCGGGGAGCGGAUCUAAUCGUGUGGGAAUAAAGUGUUUCAGUGCUUCCA